AACACUGACACCACAUCUGCGGUCACACCAAGUCAGCAUAUUGAUUUUAUUUUCUCGAAAAAAGAUCCCAAUACGUACACACACUCGCUGAAAAGCCGAACAAGUCUUAAACUUAGAUGCAAUUAGUGCCGAGGCGGACAUAAAUCCUCGACAUGGGUGACAACGAACAGAAGGCGCUCCAGCUGAUGGCCGAGGCGGAGAAGAAGUUGACCCAGCAGAAGGGCUUUCUGGGAUCGCUGUUCGGAGGGUCCAACAAGGUGGAGGACGCCAUCGAGUGCUACCAGCGGGCGGGCAACAUGUUCAAGAUGUCCAAGAACUGGACAAAGGCUGGCGAGUGCUUCUGCGAGGCGGCAACUCUCCACGCGCGGGCUGGAAGUCGGCACGAUGCCGGAACCUGCUACGUAGACGCCUCCAACUGCUACAAGAAGGUGGACGUGGAGAGCGCCGUCAACUGCCUGAUGAAGUCCAUCGACAUCUACACGGAUAUGGGCCGCUUUACGAUGGCUGCCAAACAUCACCAAAGCAUCGCCGAGAUGUACGAGAGUGAUCCCACUAGUCUGGCCAAGUCUAUUCAGCACUACGAGCAGGCGGCUGAUUACUUCAAGGGUGAAGAGUCGGUCAGUUCGGCCAACAAGUGCAUGCUGAAGGUGGCCCAGUACGCCGCCCAACUGGAGGAUUACGAGAAAGCAAUAUCCAUAUACGAGCAGGUGGCCGCCUCCUCGCUGGAGAGCUCUCUGCUCAAGUACAGUGCCAAGGAGUACUUCUUCAGGGCGGCUCUAUGCCACCUCAGCGUGGACCUCCUGAACGCCCAGCAUGCCAUCGAAAAGUAUGCGCAGCAGUACCCAGCAUUCCAGGACUCCAGGGAGUUCAAGCUCAUCAAGGUGUUGUGCGAGCAUCUAGAGGAACAGAACAUCGAGGGAUUCACAGAGGCCGUCAAGGAUUACGACAGCAUCUCGCGGUUGGAUCAGUGGUACACCACCAUCUUGCUGCGGAUCAAGAAGGCUGCGGACGAGGAUCCCGACCUGCGAUAAACGAAAUCAAUUAAAUUUUCUGAUAAAAUCGCGUACACAUUUAUUAAAUGCUUUAUUCGGUUCGGAUAUUAAUCUACCUAUACAUAUAUAACUAAAAGAAAAUUAUUAAACGUGUUGCAUUGCUUAACCUGAAAGCACCCAAACGACGGCCUGCUGGAACGCGUGAAUUAAACCUAUUGAAUAGUCCAUAUACCCGUAUUCUAUAGUUUAAUUUAACGUUUGUGCAACGAAUGAAGAAGGCAGCAGAUGCCGAUGCUCACAUUGCGCUACCACGUGCUAUUCGAAAAGAAAACUUUAUUAUUUCCAAUGUGGAGUGAUUAGAGGUGUUAGUUAUGUUUGCCUGUUUUUGCGUUACUCUUGUUAUUUGUGUAAGUAGCCAAUCAAUCAGUGAGUUAGCUGAUUUUUCAUUUGGAUGCGUAAAAUACCCUAUAGAAAUCCGUAUCCACUACUAUAAUAAAUUGAUAACUUCAUUCUAUGUGUGUAAUGUGUUAGAUAAUUUUGAGAUUAACUAAAGAGUCCCUGGUAGCGAAAAUGAAUUUCAAACCAAUUAUAAUUCCAUUUAGUGCACUGAAAUAAAAUGAAACCUACAGUUUAGAUUGUACGCAUACACAACCUACGAAUAAAAUAUAUGUCCACAUAAACAUUAACGAUUACCCCGAUAAAUAUCCAAAAAAGAGUACACGGAAUUCUAAUAAAUACUUGAGGGUCACAUUUAUAGAAAAUUCCAUCUCGCAAAAUUUUAACGAUGUUUAGUAGAUCAACUACCUAUAAACAUGUACGAGCGAAUUAUAAUCCAAUAAAUAAUAUUACCACGGAGCGACGAAGAUUACGCGGUCGCUGAGGCCGAAGCAAGAAUAAAUAAAUCAAUUUAUUGAAUGAAUAUCUCCAGGAAACACACACAACACCACUGAAACCCGCCCCAACACAUUUAAUUAAUAAUACUGCAAAGAUCCUGGUGGUGCCUCUAUGCAAGCAUUACCACGGAUAUUUCCAAUUCAAAUACUUUAAUAAAGUUAACGCUUGGAUUAAUCCUCUCA